GAACGCGAAGCGGUUUGUUAUAAUGGUGAUCAGUUCGGUUCAUAUUUGACAUUCAUUUAUUAAUAAUACCGAGAAGAGUUCUGCAUGUCAAUAACACGCUGUAGAGUAAAGCUCCAAGAUGAAUGCAAGAGGAAGAAAUGGGCCGUUGUUUAUCAAGACGUACAGUAAAAGAAUGCGAAAGGUGGAGCCGUGGUUCUCUCCUGACCUGAAGAAAGCAGCUUUCUCGUUUUCAAGCACUCUUUCAUCAGAUCAGUCCAUAACAGAGACCACACAACCCAAGAAACGGAGAAUAAGAGAAAGAGCUUCCCGUCCUGCCAAGAGCAAAGGCAUGACUGCUAUAAAGGAGAACGAGGAAAACUACUCACCGUCCUCAUUGUUCAGAAAGAAGACAAAUGCAAAACCAUCAGUGAGGACGACAGCUGUGAGGAAGACUCGAACGGCAAAAACAAAUAAACCGAUCAUUCUCAGCAGCAGUGAAAAUGAGGAUGACUCCUGUAUGAUAAAGAAAAGAAUUCGUCCGAAAACGUCUGCUGGUGAAUGUGCUGGUGCUGAGAAAGUGUUCGGCGCUCAAUGUUUGCCUAAGUUCGUCACACAUCGCAGAAGACCACCAGCACCCAUCCAAACCAAUCCGAUCUCUGUUGAUGAUUCCUUAGAUGACUUUCUUCCUCCAUUCUCCCAAAACAAGCGGAAGCCGCUUCACAUGGGCUCCAAUAAUCAUGCUGCUCUCAAGAACCGCGUGGCUCUGGCUGAAGUCUCGUUCAAUGACAGCGAUGACCAGCAGCUCCCAAGUAAACGUCCUCUGCUGUCGAGUACACCUUCUCUGGUCUGCAGACGGCUCCAAACCUUACCAGAGCGCUCCAUCAGUGAGAUCUCCUCCCUCAGCUUUGAUGAACUUCACCAGCCUGCAGAAAACAACUACAGCCUUCAUAAUCUGAAGAAUAUGAAAGCGUGUGACCACACAAGUCACCAACUCACAAACCCAGGGAUCUCCUCGGGAGAGAGAGUGAUGGAGCAGAAGGAAGGAGAACGGGAUGCAGUUGUGGAAGAGAGAGCUGGGGAUGGAGAGAGGGAUAAAAAAGGAAAUCCUGGAUGCGUUUCACGACAGUCACGUCUAGAAUCUUUAGCAGACGAGUUAAAGGAGAGGUGAGU